AUGACUACUGAAACAAAGCUUCCGAUAUGGAAAAUCGCGGCACAAGAAGAUGAGUUCAUAUGGUAUCUCGGCUAUGGCUCCAACAUGAAGGCCAGUGCGAUGAGGGAUCGCAAGAUUACUCCCGUGGAAACGAGAAUCGUCAAUGUUCCAACACACUAUGUCACGUUUGACGUAUUCGGCAUACCCUAUUCCGAGCCGUGCUACGCGAGCAUUGAAGAGCUUCCCAAUGGCGGAACCGGAAAGCUCCAACUGGUUCACGGCGACCAACAGAUGCCCGUUCCAUCUCUUUGUGGUCUUGCCCAUCUCCUAUCGACAGUGGAGUUCCACCAACUACUUGUGACGGAAGGCAGCGGAGUGGUAUACGACAUUGUCAAGGUUCAGGCAUACCAGAUAAACGAAAGCCACAAGAUAUCCAGCGAGCCGUUUGACGUCUACACACUGAAGGCGAAAUGGCCACUGCGGCCCAACGGCACGCCAAGUGCCCGAUACGUGAAUCUCUUCUUGUAUGGAGCCAUAGAAAAUAAUCUUCCGUCAGAGUACAUACAGUAUCUAGAAAGCUUCCCCCGAUAUCACAAGAUUGAAGGACGAGAUCGAACAUAUGGCCAGCUGGUGUUUGACGCUGGGUGGCGGCCAUUCUUGAAGCGCCUGGUUCGACUGACGACGUGGAGAGUUGAUGCGGAUGGGAAUUGUCCGGCGUUCGUUGCCUUGAUCAUUGUGUGGGCGUAUCGACUCAUGUGGUUGUAUCAUGAUUAUGUGCACCAGUAUAUCCUGGGCACGGGCGAUGGCGGUAAAAUCCUCUGGAAGCAGUUGGAAAACCGAGAGAUGUGA